AUAUCAGAAUCUAACUGAGUCCUUGAGUUAUGUCAUAAAUGUCACAAACAUGUGUCAAGUGCUCGUGUUUUUUGUGUUAUUUUGUGUCGCGUCCAGUUUAGAUCUAAAUGUUAAAAUUCCUCAAAACAAAGGACUUCUAACUGUGGAAUGCAUUAAAAGCUACUACAACACGGUCGUGCUGCGAUCAAUUCCUCCGCGUCAUUAUUACUACUACCACGAAGUCCUGGCUGGAAAAAUCGAUGACUCCAUGAACGAAGAGAUCGGUUUCCGAAUAGUCGGCGGCGAAAAAAUUUCUAUCCAGGAUGCUCCGUAUCAGGUCCUUUAUGGAAAAUAUUGCGGAGGCUCGCUGAUUGCUCCCAACUGGGUUCUGACUGCAGCCCAUUGUAAAACACAUCACGCCUACGUCUACGCUGGCUCAACUUUCCGUGAUGAUACAAAACCUUACCUCAUCUGUAGUCAUUUCGUCCAUCCUGGUUGGAAUCGUUCUAGUCUUCACUCCCAUGAUUACGAUUAUCAAUUGCUUUUGUUGGAACAGUCGAUUCCGGUUAAUUCCAUGGCUAGACCGAUAGCUAUUGGAUCAGUCAAUGAUAUUCAGCCGGGGAAUAUGAUCGCCGUCAGUGGGUGGGGACAUUUGCAAUAUAAAGAGAGCUCUAUGCAAAAUAUCUUACGACGUGUUAGUGUGCCGAUAAUGUCUUCAGAAGAAUGCAUGAAUCUACCAGAUGAUGGCUAUAAGAAUAUCACCGUCAGAAUGUUUUGUGCUGGAUAUUUAGAAGGCACGAAGGAUUCUUGUCAAGGUGAUUCUGGAGGCCCAGCUGUGUACAAUGGAAAGUUGGUUGGUCUGGUGUCGUAUGGUUUUGGAUGUGCUGGUAAAAAUAGACCUGGAGUCUAUACGAACAUUCCUAUAUCGAGAGAUUGGAUCAGAUCAGUGACAUAUCUUCCUUUGUAAAUAUCCAAAAUAAAUGAUUGUCUGUGAUGUCUCAAUAAACUGAUCCUCUAUAUCUAAUUAUAUAAUAUUUUGAACACAUCUUUAUUCUCUCUGAAAUGCCUCAACGGUAUGCUUAAUUUUUACUCAUUAAUUGAUAUAAAUAGAUUAUUAUACCUAGAUAAAUAAUAAACGUCAUCGUAUUAGAAAAUAAAUUUGAGAUAACUAUCUAAAUUAAAUUUUUUAUUCAGUAGCAGAAAUGUCGUUGUACACUGUCUCGAAAGUCAUAUCUCAUAACUAAUAAACUUCAACGUUGUCAUAAUUAUUGGUAAAUAUAUAAAGAUUUUUAUAAAAAAAAUAA